UUCCUCGAUAAGAGAAAUAUCUUAUUAGUCUUGAGCAUGCCUUAGGAAGGUAGGUAUACAAACAGCAUUAAGCAUCAGAUAGUCAUAUCGGAAGGUCCGAGUUUUCAAAGGGACUCGAGAUAAUGGACGGGGGAUACUAGAGUGCUUUAAGUUUGAUAGCAUUUUCUUUGAGUGCAGAUAGUAUAAAUGUGAUGGAAAGAAAAGGGUUACUUGGAACAUGAUCACUAGGCUUGAAGUUUUCCAGCUUCCCAGAUUCUGAGAUUCUCCGUACUCCAGGAGGUGCAGCAGACCUUUACUUACACCUUUCCUUACAAAACUUAUAUAGGUACAACGUACCUACCUAUCUAUACUUGUGCAAGUACCCCAUACCUUACUUAUUACACAGAGGGAAGGCACCUAAGGUUAAUGUUUGGGCUGAACCCUUGCUGAGUUGCCUUUGAAAUUGCCUUUUAAAGAUCUUGCGACGAUCGGCUGCUUUGCUAUAGAAGGAAACCAAUCACAUUGUUUUCUCUUUUUCUUCUUCUUCUUCUCACAAUUCACCACUUAGUUCUUGAUAGGUGCUAGUUUUAUUGAAAUUGGUUGUAUUCUACUGCGUUCGGGAGACUAUAUUCACUUUCGUCGGCCCAUCAUGUCUAGCUUUUACAUCAAGAAUAAGGACGUCGGCAACAAAGCCACUGGCGACGACUGGAGAAUCCGCGGCUACAACCCUCUGACGCCGCCGGACCUACUCCAACACGAAAUCCCACAUACCGCAAAGUCCAAGCAGACGGUUCUCGAAAGUCGCGAGGAAGUAGUCGCUGUAGUCAAUGGUACCGAUGAGAAGGAGAGGCUUCUAGUCAUCAUCGGCCCGUGCUCCAUCCACGAUCCAGAGUCGGCCCUCGAAUAUUGUGACAGACUAUUGAAAGAGAAGGAGAAGUACAAAGAUGAGCUACUCAUUGUUAUGCGAGCUUACCUCGAGAAACCGAGAACAACAGUAGGCUGGAAGGGUUUAAUAAACGACCCAGACAUUGACAACAGCUUCCGUAUCAAUAAGGGUCUGCGCAUGUCGAGGCAGCUCUUCGUCGAUCUCAAUGACAAGGGGAUGCCCAUCGCUAGCGAGAUGCUCGACACCAUCUCACCACAAUUUCUAGCAGAUGUCCUCUCGGCUGGUGCCAUAGGUGCCAGAACUACUGAAAGUCAGUUGCACCGGGAGUUGGCGAGCGGCCUAUCGUUCCCGGUUGGUUUCAAGAAUGGCACUGACGGAACACUCGGUGUUGCCAUUGACGCCAUCGGUGCUGUGAAGCACCCCCAUCAUUUCCUUUCUGUCACUAAGCCUGGAGUUGUGGCAAUUGUUGGUACCGUUGGUAAUGAGGACUGCUUCGUUAUCCUCCGGGGCGGAAGCCGUGGUACUAACUACGAUGCUAAGAGCAUCGCGGAAGCUAAGGCCGCCCUGGCCAAGGCAGGUUUGCGACAACGGCUCAUGGUAGACUGCAGCCACGGAAACUCGUUGAAGAACCACAAGAACCAGCCUAAGGUUGCUGCGGAUCUAGCAGGGCAGAUUUCCAAGGGAGAGACGGCCAUUAUGGGAGUCAUGAUCGAAAGCCAUAUCAACGAAGGCAACCAGAAGGUACCAAAAGAAGGCAAGGCUGGUCUGAAGUAUGGUGUUAGCAUUACAGACGCUUGUAUUGGAUGGGAAGACACCGAAUCAGUCCUUGCUACUCUCGCCAAUGCCGUCAAGGAGCGAAGGAAUGUGACUGGUACUGCUGUAAAUGGCCAAGCAUAGGAAAUCAGAAAUGCUUGGUUGCGAGCUGUCUACUAAAGAAAGUCAAGAGAGAGAAGUCCCACGAUCUGUAAUAAAAGAAGGUUAAAACUGUUGAAGAUAUCCAAAGGUUCGGCACAAAGGAAGAAGGGAAGGGGGAAAAAAAAGAAGAUAGCUAAAGCGUUCUCUGCGUUAAGUUCUUAUACUUAGACCUUCAGCGAUAAAGAAGUAAGGGUCAAUGAAUUAUUAAAAAAGUAUCAGGUUUAACACCAUAAAAUACAUAUUACGUCCAAAUAAUACUAUGAUAGGUACUUGAUGGUGUUGAAGAAACUCGGUUAAAGGAGGC